AUGGAGACCCGUAAGAAACGACGAGUCCGUCCACAAGCAAAUCCUCCCAUCAGCAAGCUCGGAGACGACGCCCUGAUAGAAAUUCUGAUUCGCCUCCCCAACCCUCGAUACGCCUGCCGCUGCAAAUGCGUCUGCAAGCGCUGGAGGUCCCUGAUGUCCAGCCCUGCAUUCAAUCGCGGUUUCGCUUCUCACUUCCAGGGUACGACGAUUAUGAAGAAACUACCGCCUAUUCCCUCUAACGACCCGAUGAAAAGGAAAUCAUCGAUCAUUAUGAGCUUCCUUCCUCAACAUCCUUUGGACAAUCGAUCAGAACUCAAGGUCCUGGACUGCUUCAAGGACUUGCUUUUAUGCGGGUUUUGGGAUUUUAUGACGACUCAUACAGAAAUGGUCAGAACGUUUCUGGUCUGCAAUCCGUUUACGGAGCAAUGGUUAGCACUUCCUGUAGCUCCAGACAAGCCAAAGGGUUGUCGUUGGACGGUCUCAAGGUUAGUUUGUGAACCCCGCAUCUCUUGUGAUCUUGAUCUAGGACCAGAAGGAGGAGGAAGUGAUGAGGGCCAAAAUUCAUUCGCUGUUUAUUCCGAGUAUCGGUUCCGGGUGUUGACGAUCUAUCAAGAUAUGAGAUCAAUCAAACUCGACAUGUUUUGUUCCGAGUCUGGGGAGUGGACCAAAGAGGCUCUUAUUCUCGAUGGUUAUCGCUUACUCAAAGGCAAAAAUGUAUGGUCCUGCAAUGGGGAGUUGUUUUGGUCUUGUGUUGAGGAUGAUCAAGUGGGUGACCCAUUGCUUGCUUCGGUUAAUGCUUUCUGCCUUGAUAUGCCUAUUGAUAUUUAUGCUUGUCCACUCUUCGAGAAGACAAAGCAGUGGGAUCUUUCAAUCUCACAGGGUGCUCUGCACGUAAUCGUGCGCGAAAUCCAAACUGAAAUGGUAAGUGUUUGGAGACGGGAAGAAGAUGGCAGAUCAUGGAUGAUGCAAUGCGAAGGGUCGUUGAAGACGGGUACAUCAUCAUCAAUGUCUUACUUUGAUCUCAAAUACUAUACUAUACUUAAUACUCAUCCAGAGAGGCCGGAAGUUGUUUACUUUAAAUAUCAACCUCCUUAUAUUAACGAUGGAGCUACCUUGUCCUACGAUCUGAAGCGGGGAGAAUUAGAGUACGUCGGUGUUCUAAGGCUAUAUACACCUCAUUGGACGGUGUUCCAACCUAGGGUCUCCUGCUGGCCUACUCCAAUUCCAAGGUACAAGGAAUUGCGAGGUAUCUACGAUGGGCACAUGAGCUGGUUCAGAGUGCCAAGCAACAACAACAACUCCCCCAAUACUGCUCGUCAAAGCAAGCGCAAAAGAUCAACAAGAAAGCAGGACUCUGGGAUUGGUUUGAUUGCUGAACAGAUAGAGGAAUGGCAAUCCAAUGACCACAGAGUGGCAAGUAACAAAAACUCCCUCGGUACUGCUCACCGAAAGAAGUGCAAAAGAUCAACAGGAAAGCAGGACUUUGGGGUUGGUUUGAUUGCUGAACCGAUAGACGAAUGCCAACCCUGUAACCAGGGAAUCGCUCAAUUGUACUCAGGUAGACGUUGGUUGCGAGUCAAGUAG